CAAGAUACAGUAAAUCAAAAUAGCUUGCUAGUUGCACCUCUCAUGGAAAAAGGCAUGCAAACCCUGAAACUACUACUGCUGUUUCUGUUGCAUCAUGGGAUAAAAGGGAAGCUCAAGAGCAACAAGGAUGGAGUUGAAGCCAUCGUCACCAUCCCUGCCCAACCUAACAUCAUCCUCCUGGUGGCUGACGACAUGGGGUGGGGGGAUCUGUGCAGUUACGGCCAUCCUACCCAGGAGUGCGGUGAGAUAGACAAGAUGGUGGCGGAGGGGAUGCGCUUCACGCAGUGGUACAGCGCAGACUCACUGUGCUCCCCUAGCAGGGCAGCGUUAUUGACAGGUCGGCUUCCCAUCCGUGUUGGUGUAUGGGGUGGAGAGAGAGUUUUUGCAAACGAUGGCAGCGGAGGCCUGCCUAAGAACGAGACAACCAUCGCUGAGGUGCUAAAGGAUGCUGGGUACGCCACGGGCAUGGUCGGCAAGUGGCAUCUAGGUAUUAAUGAGUUUUUACCUGGUGACGGAAGACACCUGCCUCACCACCACGGGUUUGACUUUGUCGGAACCAACCUUCCAUUUACCAACCACUGGGCUUGCGACGAAUCCAAGGUUCACCUGGCUCACCCUAACCCCAUAAAGUGUUUCCUGUACUGGAACGCCACGCUGGUCCAACAGCCCUUCAGACACGACAACCUGACGGCCUCCUUCCUACAGGACUCCGUAGCCUUCAUACACAGCAACAAGGACACGCCCUUCUUCUUGUACCUCUCCUUUGCUCACAUGCACACUGACAUGUUCUCUGCACCCAGGUUUAGGGAGACAUCGAGGAGAGGUAGAUAUGGGGAUGGCCUACGUGAGCUGGACUGGGCUGUAGGAGAGGUGCUGAAAACACUCGUCAGUCUGCAGAUCCAGCACAGAACCCUGGUGAUCUUCCUGUCGGAUCACGGGGGGCAUCUUGAGAUCUGCACAGAGGGGGGAUCAAAUGGGAUACUCAAAGGUGGCAAGGCAUCCACAUGGGACGGAGGGUUGCGUGUCCCUGGAAUAGCCUGGUGGCCAGGUGUUGUUGCACCUGGGCAGGUGUCCCAGCACCUGGUCAGCUCCAUGGACGUGUUCCAGACAGCUGCUGAGCUGGCAGGUGUGACUCCGCCGAAGGAUCGCAUCUAUGACGGGAAAAGCCUGGUUCCAAUUUUGCUCGAAAAGGCGCCGGCUGUUCCAACAAGUAAAUUACCUCCCUCUCCGCGAACCCUGUUUCACUACUGCUCUGAUAGACUGAUGGCUGUUAGGUACGGGGAGUACAAAGCACAUUUCUACUCAAUGGAGCUGCCUACUAAUUAUACAGAACACUGUCCAAGUGGUGUGCCAAAAGUAGAGUACUACACAUCAUUUGAUUGUUACGGACCUCACAUCACGCAUCAUGAACCACCCCUACUCUACAACAUAGAUAGAGAUCCUGGAGAACUUUAUCCUCUGCCUGUAGGACAAUAUGAUGAAGUUAUAGCAAAUAUACUUGCAGCAAAACUUCAGCAUCAAGCCAGUUUAGUGCCUGGAAAGGCCCAGUGCAAAGAGACAUCUACAACAUUACAACCCUGCUGUAACCCUCCCUUUUGUUAUUGUAAUUACAAGCCAGCAAGUCAUAGAUGAAGAUAUGGAUGAUAAAGUCAUUUUUUCUUUCUGUUUAUUACUAUGUUAGGUACAUUGUACUUAAUAUGAAAAUGCACAAAGUGUUGUAUACAAUGUAUUUAUGAUUGUGAUUAUCACCUAUUCAAGCCAAAGUGAGCUAAAGCUUGUAGUUUGUUUAUUGUCAUUGGACAUUAAGAAAGCUUUAUCAUCAGUGCUAUGUAUCAUGAUUCUUGACAGCAGUGAACAUACACAUAUACCAAGGACGUUAUAUCAGCCUUGCAUAUACAAAUACACCCUACUCCCACCAAAGUACCUUUAUUAGCAAUGCCAUGUUAAACUGCAUGAUGAUUUCACUCCAACAUACCAAUUGAAAGAAAAUAAAUGACAUAACUUAAGAAUCAUA